AUGGAAUCGCCUACAAUAUCAACCACAGAGUUCAUUCAGAAUGGCUCUCCAUUGGCUUCAAUACACUCGCCAACGCUGACCACUAAUAACUUAGUCACUCAUCUUAAAGAAUCGCUUCAACUAGCACAAAGUGAAUUGAAUCAACAGAUUUUUGAAAACAGUGAGUUGAAGAUCUAUAAAUCAAAGUUCGAGGAUCUAUCAAACGAUUACAAUAUUUUAUCCGGUAAAUUUGACUCCCUCGAAAGUGAAAAGAAAUUCUCCGAUAUUGAAAUCACCAACUUGCGAAAAGAAACCGAAGAGCUUUCAUCCCAAUUGUUUCUGGAAGCAAAUAACAUGGUGUCUCAAGCAAGAAGGGAAGCUUUUGAUUUUAAAAAAUCCAACGAUUCAUUGAAAAAUGAAAUCAGCGAAAAAGAUAAUUUGAUCCAUAUUUUGAAAUCCCAAUUAACCGAUUUAAAGAAAAUGUUGCAAGAUCAAAGUGUGCCGACAACAGCUGAUUUUUCAGUUGAUUUCGAAAAUAGUAAUCAUGAUAAAAGCAAUAUUGAAAUUAAAUUUUAUCCGGAUGAUAAUAUUACUGAUACAGCUGACGGAGAUGUGAAACAAAUCGCUUCCAGAAAUCACUCAACUGGCAAUUUGUCCAUUAGCAAACCUGCAGAUGGGGCAGGAACAUCAAUUAACUCUUACAGUAUAUCUAAUUUUAUUUACGCGCCAACUGUGCAAUCUUUGAGAUAUGACAUCAAAGGGUACCAUCUAUUUCAAGAGUUUGGAGAAAAGCUAUAUCAUGACUUCAAAGCUGGUCACCACACCAGCAAUUCCAAAACUAGCUACUUGGAAAUCAAGGACCAUAAAUUUUAUAGGAAACUUUUAAAUGAUGAUAUUGAACCAACUUUAAGGCUAGAUGAAGCCCCAGGUGUCGCAUGGCUAUCCAAGAAAAAUCUUAUCACAAGUAUGUUAAUCGGUAAAGUUAGUAUAGAACCAAUUUCGUCUAUUAACGAAUCUUACAAAACUGAUGUGGUACUACAUAGUAUUUCAGACACCAAUAAUACUUCAAAGAUUGAUGAUGAAGAUAGUACUGCUGCCGCCUCUAUUAAUGAGCCACCAGUAGCAUUUGAAGAUCCGUGCUCAUUAUGUGGUGAGAACAGAAAUGAUACUUUGGACCAUAGUCGGUUGUAUGUAUUGAAGGUCAUUGGUACCAAGACUAUUAAAAAAAGAAAAGAUGGAACCCCGCCAAACCAAACUGCUUUUUCCAAAUUUGUUUCUAGUAAUAAGGAUAAAGAAAACACGAUCACGAUUGUUCAAGAAUACAUUGCCAAUCAAUAUCCUUUGUGUUCAUACUGUUUGCAUAGAGUCAGAUCGGUUUGUGAGUUAUUUGCUUUCCUUAGGGGCGUUAAGGCUGGAAUUUGGAAGUUUGACACUAAAUUGAGCUGCCAAAAAAAUUGGAUCGAAUGUGUUAGAAUCAGAACUAAGAUCUUUUAUAGCAGGAUUGGUGUCAUCGAAUCUUCCAAUAAUUUAAUCAACAAUAACAGUUUCACCUUCACACUGAGUCAAUUACUCGGUGCUGAAAGUUUGGGGACUAAUGGCUUUGAUAGGAUUAGUAAUAGAACCAGUGGAUAUUUUAGUAACUACGGAUCAAGAAUGUCCAGUCCAAUUAUGGCUAAUUUUGCCAACUUUGUUAACAAUAAUGGCAAUAAUGGCCCUACAAAUAGUGUUUCAGUCACUGCAGGCUCUGAAACUGAGGUUGAAUCCUCUAGCAAUAUGAAAAACGGUGGGCUAUUCAGUAACAGAAAUAGUAUUAUCAAUAGUUUCUGGGGUUCUAGUAGCUCCACAAACUCUUCUAGCACUCCCGCUCCAGAGGUGGUUUCUCCAACCACACCUAAGAGAAAAGAAAAAAAUAUGUCAGUUUUCAACCAGACGAAUUCUUCUUUCAAUUCUGACAAGUUGGAGGGCAAAAUUGACGAAGUUAUUGUUACAACUGAAAAUGGCAGUCCAUUCAGGCAAGCUAAAGAAUCAUUAACCGAUAAAGUUGACACAGAACCAGUAAAGAUGGAAAUUCCACCUACUAUUAAACUUGAUCCAAAAAAUCUGGAGGAACCACCUGCACUUGUUUCUGAGAUCGAGAAAUCUCCAACUGCAGAUCACUCUGAAGAAGAAGAGAAUGGCAGCGGUAAUCCUCAGUUUUUGGACCUUAAGCUUACGUCUCCUGCAAAAUCUGCCGGUUCUGAGGUUGAGAGCGACACUUUUGUGGAUGCUGAUCCAAAUGUUGUAGACUAA